AUGCCAUCUGACAUUAGGAGCUUUUUUGGUGGGAAGCCGGCGCAGAGCUCCGCCGAGUCGCCAAAGCCAGCAAAGAAAGAGGAUCUACCUGCAACAAGGAAAAGCCGUAGCAGAAAGGUAGUGGUCGACAGCGAUGACGAUGAGGAUGUGCCACCUGUGAAGGCUCCGACGCCCAAGGCGAAAGCUAAGAGUCAGCCGAAGCCCGAAGAAACAAAAGGAGAACCAACAACUACCUCGGACUAUUUUGCCUCCAGUAAAAAGCGAGGACGACCUGCCAAGUCCGAACAACCCGCUGCCGAAGUUGAAACCAAGAAUGUCAAGAAGACGACUGAAGUGGUGGUGUCUCCAGCCAAACAAUCGAAGAAAGUCGCACCGAAGAAAUCCACAACAAUCGUUGACGAUGAUGAAGGCCUUGGUGGAGAUGACGUGUUUGCUACCGAGUACAAAAGACGCGGCAAGGGAGACGACGAUUAUGUUGAAGGAGGGGAUAGCGAUGACGAUGAUGACGCCUUCGAAGUUCUGGAAGUUAAGCCACCGACUGCAUCCAAACGCAACCCGAAGAAGCAAACAAAUUACGAUGAAGACGACGAUGUUGUCAUGGAUGAACUUCCCAAAGCCGCUCCCAAAGCGACACGAAAGCGCAAGGCAGAGGUAUCGAUCGCCAAAGGCGAGGAUAGCGAUUCCGAUGAUGUGAAAAAACCCACAUCUCGGGCCAAGGCGCCCAAAGGGUCUACCUCCCCAGUUGCGAAGAGACCUAAAGCUGCACCAAAGAAGAAAAAGGAGGAAGUUCCGGAAAAUAAAGAGAUACAGGAUAUCUUCGACAGCAUCCCGACAGUUCGUCCUCCAACUCCUCCUCAGGACGAUGGCGAGAAAAAGAAAUGGAAAUUUGGGGAUCAACGCUCCCGGACUCCACCAACCAACGGAAGCAAGGAAAUGCCCGUUGGUGCAGAAAACUGUCUUGCCGGACUGGCAUUCGUUUUCACCGGUGUGCAAGAGACACUCGGCCGUGAAGAAGGCCAGGAGUUAGUCAAGAAAUACGGUGGCAAGGUUACCGGGGCGCCCAGCUCCAAAACCAGCUAUGUUGUCCUUGGUAGCGAUGCCGGCCCAUCAAAACUUAAGACCAUUGCCAAACACAACCUCAAAACUAUCAGCGAAGAUGGGCUUUUCGAGCUGAUUCGCCGCUUACCCGCCAACGGUGGAUCUGGCAAGGCUGCCGCUCAAUACGAUGCCAAACAAAAAGCAGAAGAGGAGAAAGUUCGGAAAAUGGCCGAGGAGAUUGACGCGGAAGAGAAGAGACAGGCUGCUGAGAAAAAGAAACCUGCCCCUGCUACCAGUAAUGCUCCUAGCGCAGGUGCUCCACAGGGUCCAAAGACCCCUGUCGUUGAUGAUCAACUUUGGACAACCAAGUAUGCGCCGACGUCUACAUCCAUGAUAUGUGGAAACAAGGCUGCUGUUGAAAAGAUACAAAAUUGGUUGCGCAACUGGCACAAGAGCGCGAGAACAAACUUCAAGACUGCCGGUAAAGAUGGCUCCGGAGUCUAUCGUACGAUCAUGAUUCACGGUCCACCGGGCAUAGGUAAAACAACAGCGGCACAUAUGGUGGCCAAAUUGGAGGGAUACGAUGUCAUAGAAUCCAAUGCCAGUGAUACACGCAGUAAGAAGCUUGUUGAAACUGGGACUUUGGGUGUCCUCGAUACUACAUCCCUACAAGGCUACUUUGCCGGAGAUGGAAAGAAAGUGGAUAGCAACAAGAAGAAUGUUUGUUUAAUCAUGGAUGAAGUCGACGGCAUGUCUGCCGGUGAUCGUGGUGGAGUCGGUGCGCUGGCAGCCAUUGCCAAAAAGACCAGUGUCCCGCUCAUUCUUAUCUGCAAUGAACGGAAACAGCCUAAGAUGAAACCUUUCGACUUCGUCACAUUCGACGUUCCAUUCAGACGCCCGACGGUUGAACAGAUCCGAGCUAGGUUGUCCACAAUCUGUUUCCGCGAGAAGCUGAAGAUCCCGCCGGCUGUUUUGGAUAGCCUUAUUGAAGGAACACACGCCGAUAUUCGGCAGGUCAUCAAUAUGCUGUCUACCGCCAAGUUGGAUCAAGAGAGUCUCAACUUCGAUCAAGGCAAAGAGAUGUCAAAAGCAUGGGAGAAGCACAUUAUUCUGAAGCCCUGGGAUAUUGUCAGCAAGAUUCUCAGUGCCCAGAUGUUCUCACCAAGCUCCACCUCUACGUUGAACGAUAAGAUCGAGCUUUACUUCAACGACCACGAAUUUAGUUACUUAAUGCUCCAGGAGAAUUACCUGAAGACUCGCCCUACUCUCGCAGGAAAUUACCACGACAGGGAGAAGAACCUGAAGCUUCUUGAGCUUGCAGACAAUGCGGCUUCAAGCAUCAGCGAGGGUGACCUGGUGGAUCGCAUGAUUCAUGGAACCCAACAGCAGUGGAGUCUUAUGCCUACACACGCCGUCUUCAGCUUUGUCCGACCAGCCAGUUUCCAGUUCGGAAACAUGACCGAGAGGGCAUCAUUUGCCAGCUGGCUGGGUCAGAACAGUAAACAAGGUAAAUUAUCACGGUUCGUCAAGGAGAUUCAGGGUCACAUGCGCCUUCGUACAUCCGGCAACCGAGAUGAGAUUCGUCAACAAUACAUGCCUCUCCUCUGGGAUAAGACUAUCCGCCGUAUGAUGGACGAAGGCAAAGAUAGUGUUGACGACAUUAUUGAAUUCAUGGACUCCUACUAUCUGACUCGCGAUGACUUCGAUGCGAUGCUUGAGCUAGGACUGGGUCCAAUGGACCAGUCAAAUGUCAAAUUGGAGACACAGACUAAAUCAACAUUCACACGUCUGUAUAAUUCACGUUCGCAUCCAAUGCCUUUCAUGAAGGCUAGCAGUGUCAUCGCACCGGCAAAGAAGGGGCCCAAGGAGAAGCCGGAUAUCGAGGAUGCCCUUGAAGAAUCCGACGAAGAGGAGGUCGUUGAGGAGGCCAAGGAUGACGAUGAGGAACUUGAUCUGAAGAAAGACAAAUAUGUCAGCCAACCGAAGAAAAAGGCCACGAAGGGCGCUGCGAAGGGCAAGAAGACCAAGAAAGCAGCGAACGAUGACUUCAUUGAUGAUGAGGAGGAGAAGCCCAAAAAGGGCCGCAAGAGCAAGGCCAAGGCCUAA